AUGGCAGAGAACAUACAGGAAUCGAUCACACAAGAGGUGAAAGUGACGGCGGAAGAAGAUGCAGUGAGCACAACUGAGAUCAUCUCAAUAAACGACAGCAAGAAAUCAACAUGGGAAUUAUUGUCACAAUAUAGGGCUGCCAUUCUCUGGUCCGCAUUUAUGGGGUUGGGGGCAAUUAAUUGGGGAAUGGAUGUAUUGUUGUCUAAUGGAGUCAUAUCUGUUCCAUCAUUCCAGAAGGAUUUUGGUUACAUGUUCCAGAAUGCCUACAUCAUUAGCGCUAGCUGGCAAAUCGCUUUCAACACGGCCUCUUCUAUCGGAGGUUUCUUUGGAGCCAUCGGGUCUGGGUAUCUUGCAGAUAGGAUGGGAAAGAGGAUAACUCUUGCAGUGGGAUGUGUUGUCAGUAUCGGUGCAGUCUUCAUCCAGAUAUUCGCAGGACAACCUGGGACACUGCUAGCAGGAAAGCUCAUCAACGGUCUCUCACUCGGCUGCUUCCUAACGAUCCCAUCCUCAUUUGCAGCAGAAAUUUGUCCAGUGGAAGUCCGUGGCCUGACGACAUCUGGAGUUCAAUUGUUCAUCGGCAUCGGUCAACUAGCAGCAAACCUCAUUCUCAAAGGAACCGGAACCCUCGACUCAACCCUAGCUUACAAGAUUCCCUUCGCUCUACAGUUCAUCUUCCCAGUCCUGCUCCUGCUCGGCCUCCCCUUCUGCCCCGAAUCCCCAUGGUUCCUCGUCCGCAAGCGCCGCACUAACUACGCUACUGAAGUCCUGCAGAAACUCGGAUAUGCAGCACCCCUCCAAACUCUAGGCAAGAUAUCGAAGACCAUCACGACAGAAGAACAAAAAGCAAACAGUACCUCAUACCUAGACUGCUUCCGAGGUUCAGACCUUCGUCGCACUGAGAUAGCAAUGGGUAUCUUCUCCGUUGCUCAGCUCUCAGGCGUAGUAUUCGUCGUUGGCUACUCGAGCUACUUCUUCGAGCAAGCAGGCCUCUCUGCCUCAACAUCCUUCUCAAUGUCCGUCGGUGUAUCGGUUCUUGGUCUCGUAGGCGUUGUCUGUUCCUGGUUCUUGAUCAAUAGAACGGGUCGUCGCUCAGCAACUCUUGUUGGUAUGAGCAUCUUGACAGUACUUUUAUUCUUGAUCGCCAUCCUCGAUAUCCUACCCGCGACAAGGGGCGGCAACACUGGUCCAGUCUACGGCCAGGUAGCAUGCAUUAUCGCCUUUGCUUUCAUCUACCUCUCCACCAUCGGACCGAUCGGCUUCGCGCUCUUUGCCGAGAUCUCCUCCUCCCGUCUCCGUUCUCGCACCGUUGGACUCGGUAUCGUGGUCCAGAAUCUCUUUGGCGUAUUGAUGAAUAUCGUUGUUCCAUUAUUGAUUAAUCCCGACGCAGCGAAUUUGAAAGGCAAGAUUGGUUUUAUUUUCGGGGGGACGGCGUUGGUGAGUGUGGUGUGGGUUUAUUUUAGGAUUCCGGAGACGGCGCAUAGGAGUUUUGAGGAGUUGGAUUAUUUGUUUGAGAGGAGGGUUAGUGCGAGGAAGUUUAAGGAUGUUGUUGUUGGAUGA